AUGGGUAUUGAUCACACUUCCAAGCAGCACAAGAGAUCUGGUCACAGAACCGCUCCAAAAUCCGAUAACGUCUAUCUAAAAUUAUUAGUCAAGCUUUACACUUUCUUAGCUCGUCGUACUGAUGCUCCAUUCAACAGGGUUGUUUUGAAGGCUUUGUUCUUGUCUAAGAUCAACAGACCACCUGUUUCCGUUUCUAGAAUUACUAGAGCUUUGAAGCAGGCAGGUGCAGCCAACAAGACGGUUGUCGUUGUUGGUACCGUUACCGACGACGCCAGAAUCUUCGAUUUCCCAAAGACUACUGUGGCCGCUCUACGAUUUACUGCUGGCGCCAGGGCCAAGAUCGUCAAAGCUGGUGGUGAAUGCAUCGCUUUGGAUCAAUUGGCUGUCAGAGCUCCCAAGGGUCAAAAUACUUUGAUUUUGAGAGGUCCAAGAAACUCCAGAGAAGCUGUUAGACAUUUCGGUAUGGGUCCACACAAGGGUAAAGCCCCAAGAAUCUUAUCUACUGGUAGAAAAUUCGAAAGAGCUAGAGGUAGAAGAAGAUCUAAGGGUUUCAAGGUGUAA